AUGGUGGGGUCAACCGUCCCGCAUAUGCAGCGUAAUAUUUCUAUGCCAAAAAAAAUCCAGACAAACUACCCCGCUGAAAAUCCCAACAAUCUUCAGGAAAUCUAACAUUUCCAAGAAAUCACAAGCAGGCUCCAGCCAUGGAGUCUGCGCCUAUACUGUCAACGCCAGAUACGCAUUUAUUGGAAGCUACAGAACCUAUAGUAUCGAACACCCAGGCUCCAGGCGCAUCCCGUUCUGAUGAAGAGCUGUCCAUCAUCUACGAUAUCGAACGCACGCUGUCGAAGAUUCGACAAGGAAGAUGGAAGCGAAUUGCCCUUCAAUUCCCAGAUGACAUGCUUCCCGAUGCUCCUCGCGUCUUUCAGCUGUUAAGUCGAGGAGUUCAGGCCAAGGAUAUAAAUUUAAAUGGCAGAAGGACAAUUGUGGAUGGUACAUUGGAUAAGGAUUUGAAGACCGGCCUUGAUGAGAGAACUUCUCAAAUGAGCUUAGAAGAAAGACUCUCACCAGAAGAAACUCAGUCUAGGUUUUACAUUCUGGCCGACACGUCUUAUGGGAAUUGCUGCGUCGACGAAGUUGCUGCCGAACAUGUCAAUGCAGAUGUUGUUGUGCAUUACGGACGAGCUUGUUUAUCACCUACGUCAAGACUACCGGUGAUCCAUGUCUUCACGCAUAGAUCUCUUCCACUUGACCCUCUCGUCAAAGCUUUCAAAGAAACAUUUACAGAUCUCGCAUCAAAAAUCAUCAUAGCUGCCGAUGUCACGUAUUCCGACCAUGUCCCCGAAGUAUACGAUCGCCUGGCAAAAGAAGGUUACAUCAAUCUCUUUGCCACUCAGGUCCUGCAUGAUCCCUCCUCGGCGAUACCGAAUCGGACGGUUCCAGAAUCUGUCAAAGAGGCACCGCAGUUGCUAAACGAGUGGCAGCUAUUUCACAUUUCAGACCCUCCCACGGCAUUAUUACUGACACUCUCGUCGCGAGUGGCGGCCUUUCAUAUAUAUCCCACGGCAGAUGCAGAAUCCGGACAGGAUGUCAAACCACUUCAGGCGUCCACUACGGCAGCUUUACGGCGCCGUUACGGCACUUUGAUUUCAUUAAGCACUGCACCAAUUUUCGGCAUCCUUAUCAACACACUGAGUGUGAAAAAUUACCUUCAUAUUGUAGAUCAUGUGAAGAGGCAGAUCGCCGCUGCCGGUAAAAAAAGCUACAUCUUUGUUGUUGGCAAACUGAACGCCGCCAAGGUAGCAAAUUUCAGUGAGAUUGACGGCUGGGUUGUCAUUGGAUGCUGGGAGAGUUCCUUGGUCGAUAGUAAGGACUUUUGGAAACCAGUGAUCACUCCUUACGAGCUUGAAAUUGCUCUUCAAAGCGAUGAUACCCGUAUUUGGACUGGUGCAUGGCGUAGCGAUUAUCAGGCUCUCCUAGAUGCCAGCCAAGCUUCGCUAGAUGCCGAUGAAGGAACGCGCGAUGACAAGGUCGAGGUAGAAAACGGCGUGGAGAAGGAUGAGAUAGAUGGAUCGUCAGAUUUUGAGUCUGUGCCGCCCGAAUUCAACUUGCGCACCGGAAAAUUCGUUACUAAUUCGCGACCCAUGCAAUAUUUAAAUACCGACAGCUCGAGGCAUGCCAUCGUUGGACAAGGAUCAUCAAGUGGUACAGCACUGGCUAAACGAGCCAAAGGCGACGUGGCUAUGAUCGGCAACACGGUCUCUCCAGGAGCAGAGUUUCUGCGGUCUCAGAGAACAUGGCAAGGACUCGGUAGCGAUUUCGAGAUCAAAUAUGAAGAGGAUAGUGAGGCGGGCAGCACCGCUGUUGUCGAAGGGCGCAAGGGCAUUGCAAGGGGAUACACGGUAGGCACAUCUAGCGACCGACAUUGAGAGGCGGGCCGAGACUCUGUAAUUAUUGGACGUGGCAGCGGGUCUGUCAGUAGAAUAGCAAAAGGUGAAUAAUAAUAAAGCAAAGGGGUCUUUGUUCGAUCUUUGCACAGCUGUGUACGAUCUUCAAAGAGCACUGGCGGCAGCGAUGCGCA